AUGGUCAAUGGCAGCCCAUCGGGAGAGUUUCAAUUGAAAAGAGCUUUUAGACAAGGCGAUCCCCUUUCUCCAUUUCUGUUUCUAAUUGUGGCGGAAGGGUUAAAUUUGCUAGUCGAAAGAACAGUGCAAAAAGAGCUACUGGAACCGGUCAAAAUUAGGAGAGAAGAGAUUGAGGUCUUUCACUUACAAUAUGCGGAUGACACAAUGUUUGUGGCUUCGGAUAAGAAGGAAAAUGCCUGGGAUUUUAAGAGCAUCCUCAGACUCUUUGAACUACUUUCGGGCUUGACAGUGAACUUCGACAAAAGCAACAUCAUGGGAGUAGGUAUUGCUGAGCCCAAAUGCGAUGAAAUGGCUGAGAUUAUGGAUUGUAAAGUAGGCGAAAUCCCAACCAAAUACCUUGGCAUCAAGAUUGGGAUGCGACUAAACUGGUCGAUGGAUUGGAAAUACUUGGUGGAGAAAAUCAAGAAGAAGAUCAGUGGAUGGAAUAACUGA